ACUAUAAUAUAAUAAAAAAGGUGUCAAAAUAAAAUUUUUACCCUAUAUGUAUACUGGAGUUAUUUAUAAAGAGAAAAAAAGGUUAUUUUGGGUUCUAUGUAGAACACUUGGGUUCUUGACUCAGUUUAAAAAAAAAAAAACAUUUUGUUUAAUGACAACCAAUGCAUUAUGUGACAGUAUAACUGAAACGAUCAUAAGGCAGGGCACAUGGUUUACAAUACCAUCAAUUGCGCAUUAAAGCAACUUACGUUUGGGAUAAAAUGUUCUUGUUUACCAGUAAUCACUGAGGCAUGAUUAAAAGGUAAAUAUUCUCAACCAACAUGGAACAGGCCUUUUUGUUUGCAAAGAGGUAAAAAGGCGGAAAAGAAAGAGGAUCUGAACCGGUUUCCAUGUCAAACACUUCAAUUCUCCAUAGAAACUCUGAUCUUAACGCAGAAACUUUAUUAAACCUUGAUGGUGGAUUGAUAAGGCCGAAUUUCUAUCGGUUCCUUUUUAUUGUGGAGACGGGGAGGGAUGGCAGAGGUAAAUUGCUCUUUUAAUUAAACCAAUGCACCGAAGGAAAUUGCUGUCUGAAUAUUGUCUCAGAGAUGGGGCUUGUGACAGUUGCCUGGAAACUUCAAUCUGUCUCACAUUUAUUCCAGAUCACAGUUUUGAGAUAAAGUUUAAUAAAAAUCUUUGCGCCAAUGAAAGCCUACCCUUUCACGUCCACCACCACCACCACCACAAUGCGACAGAACUGCGGAGGAAGCCUUAUGUUUAACAUGUAUCUCUCAGACCCCACAGAAAAUCUUUUGAAGGAAAGCAAAAGCUCUUCUUGGACCCCCAUCAACACAGGCGUGCAGAAAGGAAGUGGACAAAUCCAGCUAUGGCAGUUUCUCCUGGAGCUGCUGUCUGACAGCGCCAAUAUGACAUGCAUCGCCUGGGAGGGGACCAAUGGAGAGUUUAAACUCAUAGACCCGGACGAGGUGGCCCGACGGUGGGGGGAACGCAAGAGUAAACCGAACAUGAACUAUGACAAAUUGAGCCGCGCUCUGCGCUAUUACUACGACAAAAACAUCAUGACCAAGGUGCACGGAAAGCGCUACGCGUACAAAUUUGACUUUAACGGCCUGGCGCAAGUGUGCCAGCCCUCUUCAACUGAACAAGCUAUUUAUAAGUUCCAGAGCAACUUCGCUCCCAUCCAGUUUUCAGGCAUUUCCAAACUCAAUCUGGUUGCGCCAGGUGUUGGUCCGUCGGGGUUCUCCUACUGGCCCGGAUCUCCUCCCACCCUCUACCACAGCCACAACCUGCAACCGCCAGGACCCUUCGGUGCCGUGUCUGCGUCACAUUUAAGUUGCGUAAACAAUAUCAAUACUUUAAACAACCUGAAUAAUAUCAACACUCACUAUAACUGAUUUUUUUUUUUUAUUUGCCUCGGGAGUGCGCGCUGAUAGGCUAUAGCCAA